AUGAUUACACCCAAAUUACAUCUCGAUCUCUCUCUUACAGAAAAGGGUAUCUUACUUGUUUGUCUUCGGACAAACCGACAAACACUAUCUCGUCUUUCAAACUCUUGUCCUAAUUUUGCGUCCAUAUAUCUCUCUUUUUAUGUGUUUUUGAUUGCACAGUCACUGUUUUACGUUGAGAUGGAAGACCAUAUUCAUGAGUAUGACCACAUAGUUCAGAUUUGUGGGGAAGUUUCAUCAGGAGAAAAAAGCUUGGUGGGCAUCAAGAAGACAUGUGGAGAAGCACCUUGCGGAUUCUCAGAUGCCAAGACGAGUUCAAUGGAAGCGCAAGAACGUGCAGCAUCAAUUAGGAAGCUAUUAAUAGCUGUUCUUCUCUGUGCCAUUUUCAUUGCCGUAGAGGUCGUUGGAGGAAUCAAGGCCAAUAGUCUUGCGAUUCUGACAGAUGCAGCUCAUCUGUUAUCUGAUGUAGCAGCCUUUGCCAUAUCGUUGUUCUCGCUCUGGGCUUCGGGAUGGAAAGCAAACCCGCAGCAAUCAUAUGGGUUUUUCAGAAUGGAGAUUCUAGGUGCUCUUGUCUCUAUUCAAAUGAUUUGGCUUCUUGCUGGUAUCUUGGUUUAUGAAGCCAUAGUUAGACUUAAGAACGGUAGUGGUGAAGUUGAGGGAUCUCUUAUGUUUGUUGUAUCUGCAGUUGGUUUACUUGUAAACAUUGCUAUGGCUAUUCUGUUGGGUCAUGACCAUGGUCAUGGUCAUAAUCAUUGUCAUGACCAUGAACAUGGAAUAACCGCAACCGAGCAUCAUCAUGAUGAAUCACAUCUAUCUGAGGUCUUAGUCGAGAAGAAGAAGAAGCGGAAUGUAAAUAUUGAAGGGGCAUAUCUUCACGUGCUGGGAGAUUCGAUACAAAGCGUAGGAGUGAUGAUAGGAGGAGCAAUCAUAUGGUAUAAGCCGGAGUGGAAGAUCAUAGAUUUGAUAUGCACAUUGGUUUUCUCUGUGAUUGUGUUAGGGACGACAAUUGGGAUGCUUAGGAACAUUCUAGAGGUUUUAAUGGAGUCAACGCCACGAGAGAUCGACGCCACAAUGCUCGAAAAAGGAGUGUGCGAGAUAGAAGAAGUGGUGGCUGUUCAUGAGCUUCACAUUUGGGCGAUUACUGUUGGCAAACUCUUGUUGGCUUGUCAUGUUAAAAUCAGACCCGGGGCAGAGGCAGAUAUGGUUCUGGACAAGAUUAUUGAUUACAUCAAGAGGGAACACAACAUUAGUCACGUGACUAUUCAGAUCGAACGCCAAUGAAGCCACGUGAGGAAGUGUUUUUGCAUUAUCAUCUACUUUGAUAUGGUUCACUGUUUGGCCCGCCGUAUUGAGUCUUGGAUUAAUCGUUUGGACUUUGGAACAAGGUAUAAGCUCAAGUUUACUCAUUUCUUCUGCUUCUACCGAUCAUAUUCUCCUUUGGGUGGAUCUCUAUUUGCGUAGUUAAAAAAAAUCAUGUUUGAAUUAUCUGUUUGUUGAUAAAUAAAUAAAAAUGAAUUAGCUGUUAUACGUAA